AUGAUCUUCAGAAAUACUGCGUCGUGGGCAUUCUUGGCGGCAGCCAUAGGUCCUGCUGCCGCUCAAUUCGAUGCGUGGAAAGAUGGGCAAGUUAGCACUGAAAUAUGCAUUUGGAAACAACCAAGAGCUAUCAUGAUCCGGGAUAUGGUGUAUCUGGAUGGUGGUGAUAUCAAAUGGACUGCACGUAUGAAUGAUGGUCAAACAGAGACGGGACUUGACACUGGCAACAACCAAGGAAUUAUCCUCAACUUCAACCUAAGCACUCCGUUCAACACAACUACCAAUGUGACCAAAAUCCUUCUCGACGACCCAGCCAUGUCAAAGGCUCGAGGUGGUUCUGGAAACAGCAACGGUGCUUCGCCAAACUUUAUCGAUGGUGCUCUUCUUGGCAAUGAUGACGAGUUCUUUCUUUACGGUGGAGAUCUUUUGCGAAACGACGACUUGUACGAGGCACCCGAUCAAGAUCAGAUUUUGGGAUAUCAAGCAUACCAAUAUGGGCCCGACAAGCCAGUAUGGAAACCAGGUUUCGUCGAUCCGAAGCUGGACAAGGGAGUCACCCGAUAUGUCGCUUAUGGAGGAGGUGUGAGUGUGCCAUCCGAGAAUCUUGCAUUUUAUUUCUCUGGUCUGAGAUCGCCCACGAACGGAGAGUUCUUUACAAAUGAUAUAGAGAAGAAAGCCACCAAUGUGUCCGAUACCUUGAUCACCUUGGAUAUGGAGGAACAACUCUACGAGACCUGGACCAACACAACACUCAAAGAUGUCAAAGGACGCGCCAACGCAGAGGUUGUUUGGGUUCCCGUGGGUAAAAAGGGUAUUCUUGUUGUCCUAGGCGGUGUCGUGUAUCCCGAAUGGGCGGGACGAAGUGGCAAAUCAGCCAACGAGAAAGAGAGCGAGAAACAAAGUCCAAAGUUCAUGCAGACCAUCGACGUUUACGAUAUCCAAGGUAAGAAGUGGUACAACCAGGAAACAAAGGAUGGCCCAGGUGCACGAACAAGAGGAUGUGCCGUGGUAGCUACAGCUUCCGACCGCACAAGCUUCAACAUCUUCUACUAUGGCGGGUUCGAUGGCAUCCAUCCAACGGAUCCUUUCAGUGAUGAUGUCUGGGUACUAUCGCUGCCAUCAUUUACUUGGGUCAAGAUCAACGAGGGCAAACCGAUUCAUGCUCGCGCCGGACAUAAGUGCUUUAUGCCAUACCCAGAUCAGAUGCUGGUUUUCGGUGGCUACACGCCUCCGGCCGGAAGUGCGAUCACUUGUCUUGACAAAGGCCCAGUCGUUAACUUUAACGUCACCAGUGGAAAGUGGUUGGAAGGAUAUGAUCCUGAUGAGUACAGCGACUAUGGUGUUCACGAAAAGAUUUAUUCCGAGAUUGGAGGUGAUGCCAAAGGCAGCGCAACUGCAACUGCGCCUGCAGAUGGCUGGUCAACCUCUGCUCUCGGGGACAUAUUCGACACUGACUACGACAGCAAGAAAAUCAAGGAAUACUGGCCUUAUACCAAAGCAGUUUCCACAGGAAGGCCUCGACUCGACAAUGGCAGCGAUAACAACAACGAUGACAAGAGCGGAGGUGGUUCUGGUCUCCCGAAGUGGGUUGCGCCAGUCCUUGGCGUUGUGCUUGGUCUCAUGCUGGUCACGGGUCUCUUGGUCGUCUUCUGCCUCUGGCGUCGUCGCAAGAUCUUCAAGAACCGUUCAAGCGACUAUGGUACUGAAGAUCCCGGUUCUCGUAUCCGAUCAUGGAUUAGAGGCCAGCAUAACGAGAAAGCGCCGACAGUCACUACCGAUGAGACACCUGCAAGCCCCGGAACUGAAAUUGCCUCUCCUGCGAGAUAUGUCGGUGUAACACCGUCGCCGGCCGGUAGUCCUGCUUAUCCUGCUUCUCCCGCUGAGGUGGCUGAUACUCAAAUUCACGAGAUGCCUGAUACUUCACGACCAACUGAGCUCCACGACACUGGAUUAUCACCUGUCGAUAUAAUACAAAAGUACUCACAUUUCGCUAAUGAUGGCAAAUCUCGCUCCAUGUCCAAUCCCUCCAGCAACUCGUACUCUGUUGGAGGUGAGCAUGCAAGUACCGUUUCAAGGUCAACGGGCCCUCUAGGGUCACAGCCUGACUCUCCUACGGCAGGUCAUAAUCGCAUGACAUCUGACAUAUCUGGGAUAACUGCAAGCAACAGCGAAGCACCUCGUGUAAAAUCUGAUGUAUCUGGUGUUUCCGAAGGCGACGCUUUGGCUCUCCGACAUAUCACCAGCCCUGUAAGUCCCAGGACUGAAGAUGGUAACUUGCACACACCACCAUUCCCUGGGAUGACAGAAGAUACCCUUCCUUCCCCUCCUGCAGAUCCAACACCCAUGUCACCUCCUCUUGACAUACCGGUGUCUCCUACGGCUGUGUCCCCUCCCAGUGCCAACGAGGCUCCCGGUCGGGACUAUAUCACAGCCAAAGCCUCAGCGAGCCCGAUUCGAAAGAGCAUGUUCAAAGAGAGUGAAGAAGAUAUGGGGCAAAUGAAAUAG